AUGUUCCACCAUGGCGAUUCGCCCUCCCCGCGACGCGAUCAAUACACCAUCGCCUGGAUAUGCGCGCUGCCUAUUGAGAUGGCAGCGGCUCAAGCCGUGUUAGAUGAGAUUCACGAAUCUCUGCCUAUCCAUGCAGACGACAGCAACACUUACGUACUGGGAAGCAUCAAGGGACACAAUGUCGUUAUUGCGUGUUUACCGUCAGACCAGUAUGGAAUAAUUAACGCGGCAAACGUCGUGACAAAUACGAGGCGAACGUUCACCGCAAUCCGAGUGGGUUUGAUGGUCGGGAUUGGUGGUGGCGUGCCGGGUAAGGUUGAUGUACGAUUGGGUGACAUCGUUGUCGGAAGCAGGGUGAUGCAAACCGAUCUUGGAAAAAUCGUCAGAGACGGCAAGUUGGAGCAUACAGGGAUCCCUAGGCUUCCUCACCAAUUGCUUGGGACAGUCGUGUCUACCCUCCGUGCGAAACACGAACUGGGGCCGAGUCGAGUCCCAUCUAUCCUACAGCAGAAGCUAGAAGAAUAUGGGUACGGUCAUCCGAGAUCACCAGAUCGUCUCUUCCUCGCGGCGUAUCAUCACGAAGGUUCAGCGGUCAAUUGUGACGAAUGCGACCAUUCAAAGCUGGUGCCACGAACCGCAAGGAUGUCGGAUGAUCCAAUGGUUCAUUACGGUGCGGUCGCUUCAGGGAGCCAAGUCAUGAAAAACGGCGUUAUCCGGGACGAAGUUGCUAGACAACUGAAUGUCAUAUGCUUCGAAAUGGAGGCUGCUGGCCUGAUGGAUAUUCUACCUUGUCUACCAAUCCGGGGGAUCUGCGACUACGCUGAUUCUCAUAAGAGCAAAGAAUGGCAAAAAUAUGCUGCAGCAACUGCAGCCGCAUACGCAAGGGAGUUGCUCGAAGAACUACCUGUGAUCGAAGCGUAUGGAAAAGAGGCAGACGUACUCAAUCCUGAUCAUUGUCCAUCGCAAGAACGGGCGAGCUUUCUAGAUUCUCUCAAGUUCGAGCAAAUUGAUGCUCGUAAAUCAAGCAUUGAGACGGCUCACGCCAAAACAUGUCGAUGGUUCCACAGUCAUCCUGACUACAAAGCGUGGCUGGAUCCAGCAAAAUUGACGCAACAUCAUGGUUUUCUAUGGAUUAGUGGUAAGCCCGGUGCUGGCAAGUCAACAAUCAUGAAGUUCGCAUACUUGAGCAUGAGGAACAAGGCCCGCCACAAUAAUGCCAUCAGUGCCUCCUAUUUCUUCAACGCUCGUGGCGAACUGUUGGAAAAGUCAAUUUCCGGGAUGUAUCGAUCAUUGCUGCUUCAGCUGCUUCAAGGAUUCCCUGACUUACAGACGGUUUUGGACGAUCCCGAGCUCGUUUCCCAAUGCCAGAAUGCCUGCCCUUCCUUGAAUGUUCUCAAGGACCUCCUUUUCAACGCGGUGUCUGCUCUCGGUCAACGCUCGUUUACCUGCUUCGUCGAUGCGCUCGACGAGUGUGAUGAACAACAAGUCGUGGACAUGAUCCAGUACUUUGAGGACCUUGCAGAACACUCCGUGACCAAAGGGGUGCCGCUCCGAAUCUGCUUCUCUAGUCGACAUUAUCCCUACAUUACCAUUCAACGGGGAAUUCGACUUACACUAGAGCAUCAGCCGGGUCAUGCGGAAGACUUGGAGGCUUAUGUCUCGAGCCGCCUCCGAAUCGAAGACACUGCGCUUUUCGAAGAGCUACGACCCCAAAUUCUCGGUAAAGCUGAUGGUGUUUUCAUGUGGGUCGUACUAGUUGUCGAUAUUCUCAACAAAGAGUAUCGUAGAGGUGCAAUGGCCCUGAGAAGGAGACUCGCAGAAAUCCCAAGUCAUUUGAGCGACCUGUUCAAAGACAUCUUGAGACGUGACAAUGAGAAUAUGGAAGAACUUCUGCUUUGUAUUCUCUGGAUACUUUGCGCAAAGCGGCCUUUGCAACCGAAGGAGUUCUAUCAUGCUCUCUGGUCUGGUUUGACAUCGCAGGGUAUGGUUGAUUACGUCGAUAGCGAAAUCCCAGAUGUCUCAGUCCCAGCUACAAGUGGCAGCGUCUCCCGAUGUCAUAGAUAUGUUAUUAGCUGCUCAAAGGGACUUGCUGAGGUCACAAAAUCCGAGCGGCCAUCAGUUCAAUUCAUUCACGAGUCUGUUCGAGACUUCUUUAUCAAAGACAACGGUCUGCAUGAGUUGUGGCCCGAACUUGGGUUCAACUGGGAAAGUCUAAGCCAUGAGAAACUCAAACAUUGUUGCAACAUCUAUAUGACUCAUACCGUUGUGCGAACAUUUGUUAGCCACCAGCUGUCGGAGCCAAAAUCGAAUAGUCGGACGGAAAUUUCGAACAAGUACCCGUUUCUGGAGUAUGCCUGUCAGCAUAUCCUCUACCAUGCCAACGCUGCGGCCAAAGUGGUUCCUCAAGACGAUUUUCUGUCUUUCUUUGAUAUUCCCCACUGGGUCAGUAUCCACAAUCUCUUCGAAAAGUUCAAGAUUCGCAAAUAUAGCCGAGAAGCAAACCUCUUCUACAUCCUCGCAGAAAGAGGACUCCCCGAGCUCAUCCGUACAAGGCUUAAAGAGGACCCAGACAUCGAUGUUCUUGGGGAGAGAUAUAGGUACCCGCUAUUUGCUGCUUUAGCCAGUGGUAACAGAGACACUGUUGCGGCUCUUUUGAACUCGUCUUCGAACAUUUAUGACGGAGUCGACAUUAUGGAGGGCCUCAACUAUAGGCAAGCCUUGAAGGAAUAUAAAAAUCGAACACCGCUAUCUUGGGCUGCUCAGGACGGUCGGGCAGUGAUUGUUAAGUUACUUCUCCGAACAAGAACGACCGUCAAUGGGGUGGAUAGAGGAGGUCAAACGCCUCUUUCACUAGCCUCAGGACUUGGCCACGAAGUCGUGGUGAAGCUUCUUAUCGACCAAGGAGCAGAUGUCAACGCGAACAAUAAAAAUGGAUCGACACCACUUUCAUGGGCCUCAGAGAAGGGCUAUGAGGUUAUAGCGAGGCUUCUUAUCGACCAAGGGGCAGAAGUCAACGCUAGUGACAAUUCUAGACGGACACCGCUUUCUUGGGCCUCAGAGAUGGGCUAUGAGGUUAUAGCGAGGCUUCUUAUCGACCAAGGAGCAGAUAUCAACGCUAGUGACCAUUGGGGACGGACACCGCUUUCUCGGGCCUCAAUGAAUGGCCAUGAGACUGUAGCGAGGCUUCUUAUCGACCAAGGAGCGGAUGUCAACACGAACGAUGAAUCUGGAUUGACAUCACUAUCAUGGGCCGCAAUGAAUGGCCAUGAGGCUGUAGCGAGGCUUCUUAUCGACCAAGGAGCGGAUGUCAACGCGAACGGUGAAUCUAGAUCGAUACCACUUUCAUGGGCCUCAAUUAAUGGCCAUGAGACUGUAGCGAGGCUUCUUAUCGACCAAGGAGCGGAUGUCAACACGAACGAUGAAUCUGGAUUGACAUCACUAUCAUGGGCCGCAAUGAAUGGCCAUGAGGCUGUAGCGAGGCUUCUUAUCGACCAAGGAGCGGAUGUCAAUGCGAACGAUGAAUGUGGAUCGACACCACUUUUAUGGGCCUCAACGUAUGGCUAUGAAGCUAUGGCGAGGCUUCUUGUCGACCAAGGAGCGGAUGUCAACGCGAACGAUGAAGUUGGAUUGACACCACUUUCAUGGGCCUCAGAGAAGGGCUAUGAGGUUAUAGCGAGGCUUCUUAUCGACCAAGGGGCAGAAGUCAACGCUAGUGACCAUUGGGGACGGACACCGCUUUCUCGGGCCUCAGAGAAGGGCUAUGAGGUUAUAGCGAGGCUUCUUAUCGACCAAGGGGCAGAAGUCAACGCUAGUGACCAUUCUAGACGGACACCGCUUUCUUGGGCCUCAGAGAAGGGCUAUGAGGUUAUAGCGAGGCUUCUUAUCGACCAAGGAGCAGAUAUCAACGCUAGUGACCAUUGGGGACGGACACCGCUUUCUCGGGCCGUAUUGAAUGACCACGAGGUCGUAACGAGGCUUCUUAUCGACCAUGGGGCAGAUGUCAAUGCCGCUGGCAUAAACCAUGGCCUCUACAACAAAACCUGA